UAAAGAAAAAAAAAAUUGCAUCGCGAUGGAGAAAAUGUCCCGACCGCUCCCCCUGAACCCCACCUUUAUCCCGCCUCCCUACGGCGUGCUCAGGUCCUUGCUGGAGAACCCGCUGAAGCUCCCCCUUCAUCCUGAAGACGCGUUUAAUAAAGACAAAGACAAGGAAAAGAAGCUGGAUGAUGAGGGUCACAGCCCGCCCGUCCCCCAGUCGGCGUUCUUGGGACCCACCUUGUGGGACAAAACCCUUCCCUAUGACGGAGACACUUUCCAGCUGGAGUACAUGGACCUGGAGGAGUUUCUGUCGGAAAACGGCAUCCCCCCCAGCCCUCAGCAGGACCACAGCCCUCACCCCCCGGGGCUGCCGCCGGCCGCAGCGCCCCCCUCCGUCAUGGACCUCAGCAGCCGGGCCUCUGCGCCCAUCCACGCCGCCAUCCCGUCCCCGACCUGCAUGCAGAGCCCCAUCAGACCAGGUCAGCUGUUGCCAGCAAACCGCAAUACCCCGAGUCCCAUCGAUCCCGACACCAUCCAGGUCCCGGUGGGCUAUGAGCCAGACCCGGCAGAUCUCGCCCUCUCCAGCAUCCCUGGCCAGGAAAUGUUUGACCCUCGCAAACGCAAGUUCUCCGAGGAAGAACUGAAGCCGCAGCCCAUGAUUAAGAAAGCUCGCAAAGUCUUCAUCCCCGAUGAUCUGAAGCAGGAUGACAAGUACUGGGCAAGGCGCAGAAAGAACAACAUGGCAGCCAAGCGCUCCCGCGACGCGCGCCGGCUGAAGGAGAACCAGAUCGCCAUCCGGGCGUCCUUCCUGGAGAAGGAGAACUCGGCCCUGCGCCAGGAGGUGGCCGACCUGCGCAAGGAGCUGGGCAAGUGCAAGAACAUUCUGGCCAAGUACGAGGCCCGGCACGGGCCCCUGUAGGACGGCGUGGGGCGGCGGGGGGGCUGGCUUUGGACUAGAUGGACACUUCGUUUCCCGUCCCAUAGCGCCGCACCCCGACAUCAGCACUUUACCGGAGGCCGCCGCCAGCGCCCCGACUCCGUGGCGGGGGGGCGCGCGCGCGCGGGGCCCUUUGCACUUGUCGUUUCCAGGUGAACCCUCUCGCCUUUCAGCUCCAAACACAGAAAGGUGCCGUGUUUUUACUAGACUUCGGAGCCCUCUCGCGGGUGUUCCUGCCGCUCCCCCUGCUCCCCACUCGCGCGCCCUUUCCGCGUGGCUUCGUUCCUGUUCGCUCUUCACCUAUCUUCCCAGGACCCUGUGCCGGGAUCCACCGAAAGGGGGGCCCUGGGAGAACGAACAGCAGCUCUGAGGUUUCGGGGCGACAGCUCUUGUUUCUGUUCGGUCUGUAAGUUACGCGCGAGACCGGCGCGCAGGGUCCCGGGCACUGCUCCCCCGCGCGCCCCAGCUACAGGCCGCUUUCCUCGUUCCUGCCGUUCGGGUGGUGGAGCGUCCUCAGAUUUAAAGUGCUGUUUAGGUUUGUUAGAGCCCGCAUUCACUUCCCGCUCUCUACUAAGUUUCCUUUCCAUUCUACCCACCCCAGAUAAGUAAGUACUAUUAUAGAACACAGAGUGUGUUUUUUGCACCGUCUGUACCUCAAGCAAUAAUCCUGUUGUGCGCUAGAGCAUGCUGCCUGAGUAUUACUAGUGGACGUAGGGUAUUUUCCCUCCCUAAGAAUUUCCGCCCUCUUUUAAAAAACAGAAGUUACAGUAAUGCAUUGGAGCAUGCCCAGAACACCCCCAGGACAGGGAAGCAGAGGGACGUGCCAGGUCUGAGCAGGAGGGGUUCAUUGAUCAGUGUAGGAGCCAAAGCAAAACAAAACAAAAUGCAUCUUGCAACAGCUUUUGACAUCCAUACGUUUGGUUUUGCCCUCUCCCUUCCCCCACCCCCCACCCCCUACUUUUAUAGUUAACUCUUUCCAUAGCCCUCUUGAUAUUCAAAACAACUCAAUUGCUUAAGAUUCAGUUUUCCCCAUUUUUUGUAAUAUAUCUAUUUUUGUGAAUUAUACCUUGCUGUUUUUAAAAAAAAAAUCAGUUAAGUUAAUGAGUUGGUGUUUUGUAAGGGCCCUCUUCCUAGUGGCGUCCUUUUCGAAUGCUUCAUAAAUUAAUGAUUCUGGAGCUCACGUUUCUUAUUCUCUGUUUGCUUUUGAACGUAUGUGCUUUUAUAAAGUGGACUUCUAAAAAAAAUGAAUGUAAAAGACACUGGUGUAUCUCAGAAGGGGAUGGUGUUGUCGCAAACUGUGGUUAAUCCAAUCAGUUUAAAUAAUGUUUACUAUAGACCAAAAGGAGAGAUUAUGAGAUUGUUUAAUGUUUAUACAGAGUAAUUAUAGGAAGUUGUUUUUUUUUGUACAGUAUUUUUCAGAUAUAAAUACUGACCAUGUAUUUUGGAAGACAUAUAUUAUAUAUAGCAAAGAGAAAAGGGUAACUAUUCCAUGUUUUGAAAUUAUAUAGCAAAGAUAUAUAUUCGUCAACGAUGUACAGAGAAGGGCUUGGGGGUUUUGAAGUCUUUAAUAUUUUAAGCCUGUCACUGACACAUCAGCGUAUUUUCUGCUUCGAAAUUUUACGACAGUAUCGAGGCUGCUGCGACGAAUCCUGCUCUAAAAUAUGCAAGAUUUCUUGUUUCCUAUGAGGUCUCAGAAAGAAGUCAGUUAACGUCACCCAAAAGCACAAAAUGGAUGUUAACCAAAUAUUUAUUGGAUGCUACAGUGUUUUUCAGGAAAAGCAUCUGCCACAAAAAUGUUCCCUUCAAAAUGAUGACUUCCUGGAACGGAGCAGCCCGGCAAACACCCCAAACAGUUCUGUUCUCCCCGCGGGCACGGGCGUCUCCGGCGCUGUACGGUCGAUAUCGGUGCUAUGUGUUGGCUUAUAAUUUGAUGGAUGUUCCGACUUUAAAGAUUGUUCUUUCGUUUCACUAAGUUGUGUAAUGUCAAGAGAUUCUGCUGUUAUUGCCAAGAAACAUUUUGUGCUAGAUUAAAAUACCCUUUCAUCCACGGGAUUUCCUAGUUUCCUGCCUCCAGAGUAUCUGAUUCUUUAGGGACCUGGUGGUCUCCUUGUCAGUCCGUCAGCAGUUGUCUCAUGGGUCUUGGGAAACCCGACUAGGAGGAUAUUCCUGCUAGGUGUUCAUUUUGUCCCAAGCUACAUAUUACAGUGGGAGGUGGAAGAGUGUUGGAACCGAAAUGCAUUGCUCAGGUAAACGGCUAAUAAAAGAAACAAGGCCUUUGGCAAUCUCGAGCAGAACUGAAGAAGUGAUACCCAGUAAGGGACACAAGUGAGCCCGGGAUUGGCCUUUUGAUCAGUAAAGAGGCUCAUAGCAGCAGAAUUGUUAAAUGGCAGUAUUCACAAAAGCAGAGACCAGUGAUAUCUUUAAGUGGAGACGCAUUGAAGGGAUUGUACCCUGGACCACCCAAAUUCAUUGAUGUAUAAAACGGUAGCCAGGAAAAAGGAAAACCUGUGUUUGAGCACUGGUCUUUCUUGGAAGUAGAUUGUUUGUAUCCAGUGAGCAUCACAAAUACUUUCUGCAGAAGAAAUAAAAAGGUCAUAAUAAAACUUACUCUUUCAUGUGCCAGGAAGGGUUUCGGAAGACCUACCUCGUCUUAAAAAUGUUUAAACUUUGGAGUCUGUACACGUGCCUUAUAUGUAGGUCAUUGUCACCACACACACGUGAGCACACGCUCCUAGACUUACCGCCUUCCAUCCAGGGCAGUUAACUCAUGAUUAAGGCAGUUCUGCUAAAUGGCGUGGGAGGCCAUGGCCCAGUUUGGAGUGACUCGGAUCAACCAGAGUCAAAUGAGUUCUGCAGACCGCAGCUAUUCUAAGAGUCCUGUUGUCAUUUUUCACCGUUUCAUCAUAAGCAUCUUUCAGAGAUUAAUUACUUAGCCAUUAAAAAUGAAUCCCAAUCAUAUCGCGCCAACAUCAUUUAGACGCGAUUUGGAACGAGUGGUCCAGGGCUUCCUGAUAAGGUCACAUCAUCGUUUCUUUUGACCAGACUUGCAAAGAAAGGCAAGAAAUGAUCAUCCUACCAUUCUGUUCAUGCUGCCUUGUGGGGGCAGGUAGGAAAUGGAAAGGCUGCAGGUGAUCAUGUCCUUCUCUUGAAGAAGUGGCCGCCUUUUAAAACCCCACGUUGAGCAAGAUUGACAGGCCUUUCAUCUGCAGGAGGACCGUUUGUUCGAGGAGAGUACGUAUGUGAUCCUGGUGUUAGCUGGGCAGGAAGCUGUACUAGAGAACCCAGAGCUUCAUUUCAAUUCCCUAGUCUCUUAAAGGAGCUCGAAAUAAUUCUAAAUGUACAUUGACAAGGUCUUGGAUCUAUUUCUGGAAGAAUUAGAUUUGGAAGAAUUUCUGGAUUCCUCCCCCACUGUCCCAGGGUAAAACAACAAAUGUCUAUAAAAUAUGACUUUAUACUUUUUUCCAGUAAUUUAUCUAAUUUCCCCCUGAUGUUCCUUUUAGGAAAACUCAGACUUUAUUAAAGUUAAUCAGAGUGAUUCCAAGGCUGGCCUGCUUGGUCUGCUUGCUUGUGCCGGGGGUGUGGAGGCCUAGAUUUAACCCAGGGCCAGCAAGCUGCAGGGAACUGGACACUGUGUUCUCUGCCCUCCUCGAGGUAGACACCUGUUCUCCACCUGCCAGCUCCCUGCUCAGGGCACAUAGGCCCCCACUGGGGAGGCCAAGGUCGCCUACAGAUUUUCUCUACAAUUUAUAAUGCCAUUUAAAAAAUGAGCAAAGCUUUAGCCUAGAUCUUGAUGGAUUGAACUUGGCAACUGAAGUCAGUACAUUUUGCAGAGGGCCAAAUGUAUGUAGGGGAGUGUGCGUGUGUGCAAAUAUUUAAGUCAAGACAUAAAAAUCUUCGAUUUUGGAGCACCUUACCAAACAUCACAAUAAUUCACCGUUAUCUUUUGGGCAACACCACAAGGGUUGCAUCCGCCAAACAGGUAAAAGGUCACCUGAGGUCAGUUUAAUUGUGUACCAUGAUGUGGUUGGUGUUUAUGCUGUGGAAGCAAACCUUUGUUAUUCUUAAUGUUUAAUAAACUUCGAAUUUUUUCCUUU